AGUGUUAACUACAGAUUAGUUAGUAAAUGGUGAUGAAAAUUGUGUUAUGAGGUAAAUACUCUAGGCUGGACAUUGACUAAUGACGCUUACACAUAUAUUUAUUUUUAGUGACAGCUGUGUUUUCGUUUUGUCUUCGCUCGAUAGUCAUACAUAUAAUUUCAUAAAUAAAUUGUAAUGUUUUACAUCUCUAAAUAAUAGGAAAUAAUCAAAAUGACAAGAACGCUUGGAAACACUGAAAAGCGAUUUUCAAUAGACGAUGCAUUCGAAGAAGAAACUGAUGAAGCCAUCAAAGUGUAUGGUGCUACCGUUGAUAGGUCUCCGAUACAAAAUAAAUUUAAGAAUGGAGGCGAUUUUAUUUCAAGUAAAACCUAUAAAUAUACUGAAGAUACAACAUCUCGAGACUCUGAUUCACUCAUACAUGAAUAUGUAGAAGCUUCACAAUCUCUAUAUUGCUGGAAUCACCCAAAGGUCAGGGAGAAUUGGAAAACAGUAUGUGCUGCUGUAAUACUACUUAUAGUUGGUGUAGGUUUACUUGGCAUGUGUGCCUUUGCUGUAGCUGAACCGGAGAAUGGUCUACAAGGUGCUGUGUUUUUUGUAGCUGGCAUGAUUUGCUUUGUCCCCGGAGCUUAUCAUGUAGUUUACAUUUGGCUAGCUGCAAGAGGACAAAGAGGGUAUGAUUUCUACCACCUGCCUUUAUUUACUUGAUUAUUUUUUAUGGAGAUGUAAAAUCAUAAAAUUCUGUGUUGUGUUCUUAAGGUUGACUGAUAUAUAUAACAAGCUCUCUAUAUUGCCCCUCAACUUGUAGAGUUGUACUUCUUAGCGGAACUUACAGGAUAUUAAUAAAAAAUACUGCAAAUGAUAAGUAUAGAGUAAUAUUUAAAGCUAUCGGUUUAACAGAUCACUUUAUCCUUUUACUUCCUCUAAUAAAAUAAAUAAAAUUGGGUAGCUAUUGAUAGUUGUUAAAGGAUCACAAUAUUUGUGGAUAUUGUGUAACUAAAUUCUUGAAGUUUUCUAUGUUACAAGAAAAAAAAAUUUAUGUAUAGUUUUUAUUAAAGUGCCUAUAUACAUU